AUGUGGCUUCAUUGGGAAAGAGCUAACUGCACCGUGUGGAGUUGAGGCUGGGCUACGAAGAAAAUAACCCCAUGUUUUGUUUUUUUAAAGAAGCUAUAUAAUUGGAUAUAAAGCGUAAACAUUACCAAGAAGGCGUUUUUGCUUCACCAGAGGACGCCCUCUGUCUCUGUCUUGCUACCCGGGAUGCCUUGCAUGGUGUUCCUGUAGUGGACAAAACCACCACCGGAGUCUCUGCAAACAGACGCUUGGCCAGUUGAUCACCAUGCCUCGUUCGAGUUCCAGUCCCAAAUCGAAGUCUCUCUGUUGCCGAGUCUGGCUCACUUGUGCUCUCCUGGGCCUCUCGGCAGCACACACUCUUGCCAAAGAUGUCCUUGGUGUACCGCAGCAGGUGAGCCUUUCGGCUAACAUGGUUGCCCAGCAGCUGUCCAUAUCUUGGCUGGGAGGAGCAGCCACAACGUUUGACCUCAUGAUUCUACGAACUGAACUAAAUGAAACAGUCUUCUAUGAGACGGUGUCUGUGACAAUGAAUCAGGUGAGUGGUUUGCACCAGUGGAACUGGACCUCACUUGACCCUCUGGAGUGUACCUCGCUGUCGAUCAAAGUCCGCUCAAGAGAUGGCCAGGUGACGAGUGAAUGGAGCAACACUCAGAUAUUUCAAGGAAAUGAUCUCCCCAGCAAUGAGAAUUUCCAGCUAUACCCCCAGGAGAGAAUUAUGCCAGUGGGGUCCAACGCCACCUUCUGUUGCAUUGUGAAAGAGGGGCAGCUCUUCCGUUCUAUCCAAUACGGCAGUAGAAUCACGACUACGACACGACUGAGCAGGCGAAGUUAUGCCACCACAGUGGUUAACCAGGGACCAUCCAGCAGCUGGGGGACCAAUGUUGUCUGUUUUGACAGCCUGAAGGAGCCACAAGGAACUGUGGUGUUUGUUGGAUAUCCACCACUGCUCAGUGAUUUUGUGUGCGAGACUUAUGACCUGACCUCAGCUCUAUGCCAGUGGAAUGAAGCACGGGACACGAAACUCUAUGGCAAACGUGGGACACGCUUCACUCUGAACAAGAGGGAUUGUCCAAAGGGACGCCAGCAGCAGAGGCAGAAAAAGUGUAGUGUGGCACAGUGGGAGGGUAACUGGACACUGAUAGCUGAGAAUCCUCUUGGCCAGUACAUCAUCACUGACUCUGCUGAACUCAGUCACAGAGUACAUCCAGUCGCACCAGUGAACGUGAGCGCUGUCAUCCAUGCCUGGAAUGCCACUGUGCUGUGGCAGUGGACGUACAGCAGCUAUUCCUCCCUGGCUCUUGUGUGCCAGGUAGAGCUUUCCUGCCAUGGCUCUAAAACAAAUUAUACCGUCUCUGGUGAAGGUCUGCAGUCUGUGGUUUUAUCAGACCUUUAUCCCUAUGAAGAUUACAGUGUUCAAAUCCGCUGCGGGGCCCAACAGAAUUUCUGGAAGUGGGGAAACUGGAGUGAAGCAUUUACCUUCAAAACCAACCCUUAUGUUCCAGAUGCUCCUGAUGUGUGGAUGUGGCUAAACGGAGACAGCACUGGGCAGAUCGUUUGGAAGCCUCUGACUCAAAGACAGAGCCACGACCAGAUCACAGGUUAUGAAGUCACGUUCUGGAGCACUGAAGAAAAUCUACAGCACACACACAUUUUUUCACCAGAUACGACUGCUGCACCCAUCAACCUCACACAGAUUGCCCCCUUUAGCAGUGACACCAAGGUCAUCGCAACCGUCAUUGCAAAGAACACUGAAGGGCCUUCUCAACCCGCAAAUGUUGUCAUACGUUUGACAGACGCAGAACCUGUUGCUGUGUCCAGGGCAGUUUAUACAGACAAAGGUUUCCCUCUGUUCUGGCAGAGCAAUGACAACGCCACCUGUGGUUAUGUGGUAGAGUGGCACAAUACCGUCUGUACACGGAACUGCCCAGUGGAUUGGAUUAAGUUGGAUGCUGGAACUACGGAUGUCUUGGUCGAAUCAGCCAACUUCCAGCCAGGUGUGAGGUACACCUUUUCCCUGUUCAGCUGCACCUCAGAAGGCCGAGAGCUGCUUCAGCACUGGCAGGGAUACGUGCAGGAGCUGGUUCCUUCCAGUUCUGUCAUCCUGUCAACCAGUCAGCAGGGCUCUGAUGUUCUUCUCACUUGGGGAGAGAUCCCUCUGGUCAGCAGACGAGGUUUCCUCCUGGGUUACAACAUUUACAAUAGCAGUGACUCGGAGCUCAAACUAAUAGGCAAUGUACCAGACAAAGGAAGCAGGAGCUACAUUGUGACGGGACUCAAAGAGGGUUCCCACAAAUUUACUGUCAAGGCCUACACCUCAGCAGGCGAAGACACGGGUGCCACCUCCUCCGUAACGGUGGAAACAAACAUGGAUUGGCUGAUCUUGGAAAUCCUGACUUCUCUGGGAAUCACAGCAUUUUUCCUCAUCAUUGUCACUUUCAUUUGCUACAAGAAAAGAAAAUGGGUGAAAAAGGCUUUCUAUCCUGACAUUCCUGAGCCCAAGCUUCCUGGUGAUUGGUCAAGGACACAGGGGCCGUUGGAUGUGAAACCAUCUUCAAACAGUAUCAUCCAUAUUGUGGAUAAGUCUGAUCAUGAUCCUAGUAAAGAGAUGCUCGUGGCUAUCCCAGAAGAAGAUGAGGAUGAAGACGGGCAGAGUAUGGAAGAUGAGUCAGUUGACACAGAUGAGCCAACAUCAUUACGCUACUACAACCAAGUUGUAGAUGAGAGGCCCAUCAGGCCACGUUACCCAGACUCCUCUGCUUCUUCUGCUUCCUCUUUGGACUCAGUGCGCACUGAUGUUACAUACACAGGGAUCCAGACCUCAGGGUCUUCUUUGGUCUUCCAGCUGGAUCCUGCAGGCUCCUCUGAUGACCACCAACCCCAUGCUGAUCUGUCUGUCAGCUGUGGAGGAGGAGGAGGAGGAGGGGGGGGCUACCGGCCCCAGAUGCAGCCUAGAGCCCAAAAUGAUGACAUUAUCCUGGCUUCACCCGAGCCUUUGGAUGAACCGCUGGUUGCCAGUGCUGGGGGCUAUAAACCCCAGAGCUCCUGGCAUUUGGACUCUCCUGUGGAGGCUGAAGAAAGUGGAGGCCGGGCACCUUCUCUUGGAUCUCCCACCUCUGUUGCUUCCACUCAGUUCCUUCUCCCUGAUGGAGAAGAACACGCAGAGGCGAAACGAUCGUCAGCAACCACCUGGUUCACUAAUCUGCUGUCUUCUGCAAAACCGUGAUAUCAUCUCUGUCUCACUACUAGCAGCCUGGCCAGGAGGCUUUGACGUAAAACUUUCAGAUUCAUUAUGGUCACCAGUGUUAUGCAUCUGACAAGCUCAGCCCAAAUGGUCGAGGUAAAGGAUGUAGCACUACAUUCUUAUUCAUUCUCUAUUUGCACUUUGACAUCAGGUCAAAAUAUCCUUUUCAAAUGUUUAUUUCCAAACUUAAAGAAUAUAUAAUUAGUUUCUCAUCAUGAAAAUAUCAUAAAAUCUGUAUAUUUAUAUGUCAAAACAUUUCUAUUCUGACAGCAAAUCAAAAGUAUUUCGUCAUAUAUCUAUUCCACCAUAUUCAUUGCAUCCUGGCCACCUAGUGGCUGUUACAACAAAUCCCUUUUUCUGUUUUUCUGUGGGCAUUGAGCAACAGCAUAUACAACGUGUCAGUUAUCCUGUUUUUAGCUAAGUUUUUAUUGUUGGUGAUGUGAAUUUUGUUACACUACAGAAGAAACGGAAAACAAACCAGUUUUGAGGCUUGAAAAGAAUGUAGUUAUGCCGACAAAAACCUUCCUCUCCUCCCAGUAUCUGCUGGUCCGCCAUUUUGGGUGAUGCCAGCUUUCUGACAGACAAUGAGCUACUAAAAGGAAAAAAAAAAAAAACUGACAUGUUAUUUGAAUUACGCACUUACAGUUGAGAAUGGGAAUUAUUUUGCGUAGAUAUAGUUGUGGUGCUUCCUAUUUUAGUCUGGAAAUGUGUGGGUUGUGAGCCCAAUGGAAAUACACUGAUAUAAGCUAGAACCUGAAUACAAACUGAUGUAAUUUAAUGAACAAACACUAUUAUGUUACUUGUGAGUGUUAUUGUUGUUUUGUCUUCCUUAACAGUAGAGUUUUAUUUUCUCAUUUCUAUUUUUGUAUGGUUACGAACAUGCAUUUCUCAGUCAGGCCAGUGUCAUUGUUUUAUAUUGUGUCGUGAAGUAUGCUCAAGGAAAUUAUUGGUGGCAUCAAACAAAUGAGAAGUAACAAGAUGGAUGAAUAAUAAUGAAUUUUACACACACUGCCUUACUGCAUUGCGUUGGUCGUAUUCCAUGUCACAAUAUACCAAUAGUGUCCGUUAUAAUCGGGUGGUAUGUAAGUGCUUAAAUGUCCCAGCAUGGGUCACAUAGUUGGUUAUUUGCAGCCCUCGUCUUAACUUGGGUGUGCCAAAGCCAUAUUUGCAUUAUUAAUUUUCACAGAAAUGUUUAGAUUUUGUGGUGGAUUUAAAGUUCCAGUGUGUAAGAAAUAGUGGGACUGAAACAAUGAGCUUUUGCUCAUUCUUUCCUUUCCUGAGCACGUCGGGGAGCUACAGUGGCUUUCACAUACCACAGAUGAUGUUACUCAUCCUUGUUUGCAGAGUUCAUACAGGCUGCUUUAGAAACAUAUCCUCCAUUAAGCAAGCCCCAGUACAUGUAAAAAGGCUUAUAAAAGCUACAUAAGAUCAAUGAUUUUCAUAAGUGAUUCUACACUUAUAUAAACUUUCAUGUAGGAAGUAUUUAGAAUUUCUGCACUAAUCCCCCUCUAAAUGUUACACACUGAACCUUUAGAUACUUUUUUGUUGUUGUUGUUUUUGUUUUUUUUGGGGGGGUAUAUGUUUUUGUUUUUCUUUUUUUUUACUGUAGACGUAUAAAAUCUGUGAUUAGAAAAGGGACCAAUGGGAAAGUGUAUGAUGGCACUUGGUCCUUUUAGUUUUUAUUGACAGAAAUGUGGAGGAAUAAUCUUGUAAAUAUUGGUUACUUGACAGGAUGUUGGCAUCGCUAUAAUGGUGUCAAACAGGGGGCACUAAUUGUCCAAGUUCACUUAACAUACUCCAUUAGCUCCCCGCCCAUGCAUACAGUGAGGCUGUUAAGGAUGCACCAUUGGCUGGGCUUCCCAAAAGCAUCAUUAUGCUAAUAUUAUUAUUGUACAUUAUAGUCCAGUGGCAACCAGGGUGUUUAUUUAAUUGUAAUUUUCACUUUGACCCAGUUUCUUUCUUGUUGUUUCUCAGUGCCUCCAGCCAACAAGCUUUAAGUACAACUACUGUGACAUGAAUGAGAGACUAACUAUAUUGUGUGGCUUCACUGAUAUAAACGCCAAACAGGCAGGCAGUCCUAUUUGACUACUGAGAUUACUUUAUGCCCUCUCUAUCUUUGACACUAACCUGAAUAUUGAUGGGGAAACGUGGUUGCAAAAACUUCAGUGUGUGUGAUAUUAGAUCAGGGAUGAUCACUUUAAAACAGAAGUAAAGUGUGGGCAUAGUUUUGAGUAUUUAAACAUGACUGUAAACCGUUUUCCCUUGAAGUCUGCUUCCUCGGCAGAGCUCUGGAGACUAACCUAUGAACGCCAUGUGUUACACGCUUUUAUGUUGAUGUGGAUCAACACAAUUUUACCCCCCUUUGUCCUUGUUUUUAUGCAACUAACUACAGAAUUAUUUUCUUAGCAUUUUUUUCCACAUUAAAAAUAUAAGUUGCUUUAAAUUGAAAGAUAUACAUAUGCUCUAUAUGACAAUGUGCAGAGUUAAUGUUGGUCUAAAUAGCUUUCUCGAGAGAUUAGCAAAUGAUUUUGUUGAACACUACACAUACUGUGUGUGGCCCUAAGAUCAUGUAUAGAAUCACAGUUAUCUCUACCUUUGAUGUGUGUUGAACACUUGGAAACCUUCACAAUGUGUCUAAAACAAACAUGUAACCUACAUAAGAAAUGUGACUGUUCUUGUAAUAGUUUAGCCUGCUUUCCAUUACUAUCUAUCACAGCAGUGUCGCUUUAAUAGACAAAUUAUGAUGAGGGCCAGAGGAUACACCAUAUAGACAUGAUUCCUGCUGACAUGCAGUUUUUUAUUAAGUGAGUUUCUUCCAGCGUCAAUUUGAGCCUGUUUACUCUGUAUAGUAUUAUAUCUUGGGGAUUAUACAGAAGGGUACACUUGCGGCCUUACACAUCUACAUCUCUGGCCCUGGAUGUUUUUUGCAAGAUCUAUGCAUGUUGUGUAAAAACUCUUAGUGAUCUUGUAAAUGUUUCCGGCUCCGUGUUUGUGUUGCACUUUACUUUAAAACACUAACAAUCACCAAUGUGCAUGACGGUGUAUCAUGCGCUUUGGAUAGGCUUUUUUAUGACGAUGCUUUAAAAUUUGUGCUGUUUUACAUCAUAUUUUAGUAUCGCAGAAAUGAAAAGACAGUGAAUGGAUACGUGUUAACGCUAUAACAAAAGUGAAAUGCUACAUGUUUAAUGGCAAUAAAGUUAUUUGUCUGAC